GCGCGUACAAUUAUUAUCGGCAGUGAUCUGGAGCCGCUUAUUAUUUACCGCGGCUGCGUCUGCGUGCGUCUUUACCUUUAAGGACCUGCGACAUUUUUUCCCCCCAUACGAACAUCCAGUUGUCUACCGCCGAGAAUCUUUGUGUUGUAGGGCUAGUUUUUGGAGAAGAACGCGCGGAUGGUUUGUUUUAACUGAUCUCGAUGUUUAUGCUGUAAUUUGCGUCGGCCGAACUCGAGCGCCGGAGGGGCGCGAGAGGACACCGCGCUCGAGAACAUCGCGUGGAGGAGGGGACGAAGACACAAGAGGGGGUGUUCACUCAAAAUAUACUAUCCCUUUAAAACAAGGGGGACACGGCGGUGGGGGAGAGAUAGCGGGGCAGAGAAGACGGGAUAAAAAAAAGAAAAGGAAGAAAGAGCGAGGGUGGGAGGGUGAGAGUAUUGCAGGAAAAAAAAGGAAAAAAAUGUCAUCCUCUCGAUUGAAAUGCCGAGGCGGAGCCGUGGACGACGACCGGUGAAGCGCUCGCCAGACGCGAAUGAGAUUUAACGCGACGCCGAGGCUCGCGCAGAUGCCGCUCCGGGCCUGGAUGGGGAAUCUUAUAAUAAAAUUGAUGGCAUUAUUUUUAACCACGACAUGCGAGCAAAUGAAACAUUAAACUGCCUUUUGAAUUCUAUUACUUUUGCAUGAAUUAUUGCACAGCGGUCUAAUUAAUAAGAAAACAUUACAUGCAGAAAUUCAUUUUAUAUUAUAUUUUUAAGCAUGGUCGGCCACUGCUAUGUGACAAUGCGGCGUUCAUAACAUACUGUGACUGACAGCUGCCAUUUCUUAUUUUGUACCGUUUAGAAAUACGGUAAUAUAUAUAUUUAUCUGUGUCCUUGUAAUAUGCAUUCUUUCACUUUUUAAAUUUCACUGUCAUUUUAUAUUUGGUAGCUUUUUACAUUUCAUGUAGAUUUGAUAAGAUAGUGGAAGGAGACGUUGUCCGUUAGGAGAAAAAAAUCGACUAGUUUGUUUCAAGCGGCGUCUGUGCUGUUCUGCACGUCAUGAUGGAUGCAACUUGGAGCAAUUUCCUCUUUCAGACUCCGCCUUCACAGUCCCAAACUGACGCGACCCUCCAAUCAGAUCUCCUCCCGGAGCUCACGGAUGGCGCUCAGGACCCGCCCCCUGAGCACAUAUCCCCGCCCCCAUCCACGGUGGACACCGCGGCGCUGAGCGAGGAGCCCGUGCCGGUGAAGCCAGUCACUCGGCCGGCCCGACCUGCACACAUCUGCUCCAUAUGUAACAAGCAGUUUAAGAACAGUUACAACCUGCGGCGUCACCAGUCUGUCCACACUGGAGUGAAGAUGAAGGACAGAGCCGCUAGAGAGAAAAUAGAUGGAAGCAAGGCCGGAGAACGUAUGGAGAGGCAGACCAUCCCCCUUUCUCUCCUCCAGCUGUCUAUACCUGCCUCCAUACACACGGCGAUCGACCCCAUGGCCCAGCCUUCCCCAAUCAGCAAUCAGCAGGUAGAGACGGUGGCUCUCUCUAUCGCCCCGGCAACGGUCGCCAUGACAGUGAACCAGCCCCUCCCUACUGCAGUGGUGGUUACUGGGACAAUGGUUCAGGCUGCCCCAAAUACCAACAUGAACGAUAACCUAAAUAAUCCCACCCCGAUCCAAAUAUCUAUCCCAAUAACAAACCCAUUACCCAUCAAUCCGACGCCCAAUCCUAAUCCCAACCCUAACCCCAAUCCGGUCAGGAAGAACCAUGCUUGUGAGGCAUGCGGGAAAGCGUUCAGGGACGUGUACCAUCUUAACCGGCAUCGCCUGUCCCAUUCGGACGAGAAGCCGUACUCCUGUCCGAUCUGCCAACAGCGGUUUAAGAGAAAGGAUCGGAUGAGUUAUCAUGUUCGGUCACACCAGGGAGGAGUGGAGAAACCAUAUGUGUGUCCGCACUGUGCCAAGGGCUUCUCACGGCCUGACCAUCUUAACAGUCAUGUGCUACAGGUUCACUCCACAGAGAGACCCUUCAAAUGUCCGACAUGCGAAUCCGCAUUCGCUACGAAAGACCGGUUACGAGCUCAUAUGAUCAGACACGAGGACAAGGUUCCCUGCCACAUCUGUGGCAAACUUCUCUCCCCUGCUUACAUCACAGAUCACAUGAGGGUGCAUAACCAAUCACAGCAUCACGUCUGUCACCUCUGCAACCGCAGUUUCACCACACUGACGUACCUGCGUGUCCACGCUCAGAAGCACCAUGGGCAAGAGUGGAAGGACAGUGGGGUCGGCCGUGGCUCAGGCCCAGGCGGGGUGCUGUUAUGCCAGCUGUGCGGGGUACACUGCAAGACACCCACACAGCUGCAGGGUCACAUGGCCACGCACACAAACCAGACAGACCCCAAUGUUCCUUGCCCCAUCAGCAGCAGCAGCAGUUCAGUGGCGUCAGUGGGCGUAGCCACUCCUGUUUCCAGCCCUCGGUCACAGUCGGGCUGCUGGUGACUGACUGCUCCAGCAUUGCUCCUC